AUGGCGGGGCUGGUGCCGCUGGGCGCCCAGCUGCACCCUCGACCUCCUCCGGGCCUCGCCUCGGCCUCCCCACCUCCCCAGCCACAGUCAGAGCUCAGCGGCAGACCCCCGGCCUCCCACGGGCCCCCUCCCACAGCACACUGCGACCACAGGAUCACUGACACUGGCCGCUCCCAGGGCCUCAGACACACCCCUCAGAGCCCCGAGCGGCCCACUGCUCUGCCCAAACAAUGCGGCCGCCUACCGGGGGCGGCCAGGAAACUCAAGACCCGAGCUGACUCGGGCCCCGGGGGCGCCCCGGCUCUGGCCCGGGACCCGGCGAGCGCGGCGGGCACGGCAGGCCCGAGCCCUCUGCCCGUCCGCCGCCGCCCCCCGCCCCGGGCCCGGGCCCUCGGGUCCCGCCAAGGAGCGGCGGGCCCCACGGCGACCCCACAACCCAGGCCCCGGGCGGGUUCCGCGCGCGCCCAGCCCACGACAAGUCCCCGGCGGAGGGCCCAGGAACAAAAGGAGAGUGGCCGGCGGCCCGGGGACGCGGGGGCCCAGACGAGCCGGACGCCGGCCGGACGCCCCCGGGCCCCCUCGGCCGCGCUGGGCGGGGCCGGCGGCCGGGCCGCGGAGGGCGCGAGCGCGCGCCCAGAGAAGAAAGAAACGGAGGCGGGGCGGCCCUGCGCCCGGCCCGCAACCUACCGGCCGCUCGCUCCGCCGGCCGCGAUCCGCUCCGCCCGCGCGCGCAACGCUCAGGUCCCCUCCCGCACCCGGGUCCUCUCCCAUCUCCGGGGCCCCCCUACCUCGGGUCCCCUCCCGACGCCCCCAGCUCUGGGUCCCCUCCCGUCCCCCAACCCCAAGUCCCCCCCUCCCCAGCUCGGGUCCCCUACCGACGCCCCCCGCACCCGGGUCUUCUCCCGUCUCCCCGGCCCCAGUUUCCCCCCCGCCCGGGUCCCUUCCUGCGCCCCUGCCCCCGCGGCCCCUCCCGUCUCCCCGACCGAGAUUCCCCUCCAGCCCUGGUCCCAUAGACGGUGA